AUGCUCGGCAAAAUCGCCCUCGAAGAAGCCUUCGCGCUUCCACGCUUCCAAGAGCGCACCCGCUGGUGGGCGGGCCUCUUCGCGACAGACGUCGAGAAGCAUGUCAAGGAGAUCACAGACGUCGACGAGAUCCGCAAUGCCUUCGCCGACAAGCACGGCGUCGGCAUGCAGAUUGUUAGCUACACUGCACCCGGUGUACAGGAUAUCUGGGACCCCAAGGAGGCGCAGGCGCUCGCCGUGGAGAUUAAUGAUUAUAUCGCGGAGAAGAUUCGGGGGAAGGAGGAUCGAAUGAGGGCUUUUGCAACCCUCUCCAUGCACGACCCCCAAGAAGCAGCCGCCGAGCUCCGCCGCUGCGUAACGCAAUACGGCUUCCUCGGCGCACUCGUCAACGACACACAGCGCGCGGGACACGACGGCGACGACAUGAUCUUCUACGACAACGCGAAAUGGGACAUCUUCUGGGCGACCUGCACAGAGCUUGACGUGCCCCUGUACCUCCACCCACGCAACCCAACGGGAACCAUCUACGAGAAGCUAUGGGCAGACCGGAAAUGGCUGGUCGGCCCGCCUCUCUCCUUCGCGCAGGGGGUCAGUCUGCACGCAUUGGGGAUGGUGACCAACGGAGUCUUCGACCGACACCCAAAACUGCAGAUCAUCCUGGGCCAUUUGGGCGAACAUAUCCCCUUCGACAUGUGGCGGAUAAAUCACUGGUUCGAGGAUCGGAAGAAGAUGCUGGGAUUGCAGGAGACGUGCAAGAAGACCAUCCGCGAGUACUUUGCGCAGAAUCUAUGGAUCACGACGUCUGGGCAUUUCUCGACGACCACGCUGAACUUCUGUAUGGCGGAAGUUGGGGCCGAUCGGAUUUUGUUUUCGAUUGAUUAUCCGUUCGAGACGUUUGAGGAUGGAUGUGAUUGGUUUGAUGGGGCGGAGUUGAAUGAGACGGACCGGGUGAAGAUUGGGAGGGAGAAUGCGAAAAAGUUAUUCAAGUUGGGGACUUAUAAGGAUAGCGAGGCGUGA